UCUCCGUUGUUGGAGCGGCAGAGAGUGAGCGGUGUUGGUGGCGGGCGGUCUAAUGUGACUUUGCAGCGUCUGUGUAAUCUGCGAGUGGGCGAACGGGAAUUGUCGUGAACUGUGUACUCGUCCAUCUCAGCUGUCCUGGCCGUUCCCCCUUCCCGACUCCCUGCAUCCCAAUGCCGGCCGCCUCGAGUAAGAGCGGCCCCCAGCAGCAGCGAGCGGGCCGUUCAGCUAUGGCAGCCAGCGACUAUUCCAUCAACUUGACAGUGCAGCAAGUGCUGAGCCUGUGGGCGCAUGGUACCCUGCGGCAUUUCACAGAGAUGUGGUACUGGGUUUUCCUCUGGGCCCUCUUCUCCUCCCUCUUCGUUCAUGGUGCUGUUGGUCUCCUGAUGUUUGUAAUGCUUCAAAGACACAAGCAGGGCAGAGUAAUAUCUGUGAUAGCCAUAGUUGUGGGCUUCCUGGCAUCCAUAACAGGAGGAAUGAUCACAAGUGCAGCAGUUGCUGGUGUGUACCGGGUAGCAGGGAAGACGAUGGCUCCACUUGAGGCAUUGGUAUUUGGUGCUGGACAAACAGUGCUCACAGUUGUCAUCUCAUUCUCGAGGAUUCUAGCCACCCUAUGAGGGCAGAAUUCUGAAGAGUAAGCAAGUAUCGUUGGAGCUCUUUAAACAGGAAGAGACAGAAGAGUUUGAGAGACGGAUUUGAAUGCCAAGGUGUGUAACCAAGAGAUGGCAUGAAAGAAGCAAGCUUAGGUGACCGUCAGGCGAGCAGAACCAAGCCAUCUGCUGUUUAAAUGUCUGCACUACAGCACCAUAUGUGCUUCCUUCGUAAAGGAGAGUGUGAAGAUUACUAAUGAGCCUAUGAAGCCUCAUGAGCAAAUCAUCCUGUACAGUUAUCAAUCCCCAAUGAGUAUUAUUGGUGACUGAUGCACACAGCUGUGAGUGCACUCUAAUGGAAACUGCAGGGAUAGUGAUAGUAUUACUUGUGCCAAACUUGGAAAUUUUUAACACAUUAUUUUGGAACUGUGAACUGUGGCCCAUGGUAUUGAGGCAAAAAUUAGUCUUUGGGAAGGGGGCUGGUGUAUACUAUUGUAUAUUCAUAAGGUUGCAAGUAUUGGAUGCAUUUCCUUUCCUGCCUUUCCUGACGCUUGAAAAUAUUCUGAUGGUAUUUGUGUUGAUGGAAAAUCCCAUCCCCUGUAAUCAUGUUUAAACACUGCUGAUUUUAGAUUCUAAUGACCAACUUACCUUUCUGUUCAUUAAUUCUGCUUCCAGCUGCACCCAGGGCAUCUGCUACUCAACUGCACUUUACAGAUGAUUUUGGAACGGAGCCACUAUAUUCUGUACGUGAGCAGAGAAUACAACCAGGGUUCCCAUUAUUGUUUAUUGAGUGUGUCACAUUAAUCAGAAGAAUGGAUCCAGGUUUGAGAGGGGCAUAUCGGCUGCAAUGCAAAUGGACAUUAUUAUUUAAAAACAGAAUAUCCUAAAAGUUGCUCAGCAGGUUUAGGUUGCAUGUGUGAAGUGGAACAGUUAGUAUUUUUGGGUUCAUUCAUUUUCCAGUUCAUUAUUCUGUUUACAGUUCAUAAUGCAACAUCAUUGGACAUUUGCUAUAGAGAUUGGGGAAGGAAUCUCCUGUUCCCAGCACCAUGUUACGAGUGAAGUUUCAAUCUUCUGCUAUCGAUGACUACAAUGAUUUGAGGGUUGUUUUCCAAGGGAUAUCUAAGUGACCAUAUCAGGUCAGUAGAUAUUGAGUCUGGAUACAAUUCAAAUGAAUUCUGCUUCGUGGAAUAUCCUCCUUUUGUCUUGAGAAUCAGGUGCAUGUGAGCAAGAUGCAUCUUGAAUAACUGAAACAUGCCUAUCGUGCACUAACCUUGAGUUUUAUCAGGGAGAUAAUAAUUAUAGUUCCUUUUUGUUUAGUGCAAGGUAAACCCCUGUUUUGCAAAUUCCUUGAGCUCAGAUUCUGAGCUGUUGGAGGCUGACCAUUUCAUAGCAUUUGGAUUACUUGCAGAUGCACAUUAAAGCUUAACACCUUACUGACAUGACUUCAGUCUUCCUUCACUUCAGUAUUAAAAAUAAUCUUUAAAGAGCAUGUUCCAGAAAUUCACUUUAUAUAAAAUAAAUUGAAACCUCCUUCAGAAAUACAUUGUGAAGAGACAUGAUUGCUGGAAGCUUUUAGUUUUUGGUGGCUUCAAGAACAAAAAGCUCUUUUCCUAGAGUUGAAUGUAGGAUUACCAAGCUUGCUUUUUAAAAUCAUUGCAGCCUUAGUGGCAAAGAACAUUGAAGCUGUUGAAAUUACUUCUUCAGGCACUUAAAAUUUCAAAACAAAACUGGUUACUUUCUGUUUCAAACAAUCUUUGGAGAGGGAAAUGGGCUAAAAACUUUAAUUGAACCAGAAUAUACAAUAUACAGAAUAUACAAGAAUAUGAUGAUGUUGCACUGAUUAUGUUUUCUGUCUGUUGGGCUUUGGCCUGUUUUUCCCCUCUUGGUAUGUUUUCUGUUUGUUUUUCUAUGAGAGGAGAACAUCCAAUCAAAAAUUGAGGAUCACCUUUGCAUUCUGGACCCAAUCUUCAGCCAUCAUUGCAAGCUCAAAUUGGUUUUGAUUGGUCCUCUCUGAAACUUAAUGAUAACUAGAGAUGGUGAAACCUAGACCAACACAUAAAGCUGGAGGAACCCCGCAGAUCAGGCAUCUGCAGAGGGAAAAGAUUACGGAACAGUUUUUUGGGUGCAGACCCAUCUGAAUGAAGUUCUCGAUCUGAAAUGCUGACUUUCUAUUUCCUUCCAUGGAUGCUACCUGAGCUACUGAGAUCUUCCAUUUUUUCUUGUGGUUGCUGUGUGGUUCUUCCUGGGUGGAACAUCUAAACUCUUAUAGCCAAGUGACUGAAAGUAUUGGUGCUGCACGCAUGAACUUGAGAAAUGUGAUAAUUUCCUGUUUACUCAUUUGUUUAGGAAAGUAUGGGGUGAAAAGUAAAGUACAUAUCCACAAGACCAGGGGCCCUUCAGUUAAUGGUAAGGGUCAAUGGUAAUUUUUUAUAAAAAGGAUUGUAAAUCCAAAAAUGCUUGUCACUCCCAAAUUGUAAUUGCAUUUGUGACUAUUUUGGUUAAUUAGUUGGCUCACUGUUGCUGACCAAGACUCCAGAGCUUUAAUUUCCUCAAAUGUAACUAAAAUGUCAGUGGGAGGAUGACCUUGUUGGUUUUACAAAAACAGCAGCAUGACUUUGAACCAGAGGAUCUUGAAGGCUCUGGAGAGAAAAAACCAUGGCAGAACUGCCAACAAUGAAAUGUUCUGCGAAGUUAGUGCUUAGUGAAGGAUGUAUUUGUUUCUUUCAAUUUACAGAUGGGGGGAUGGGGGGGGGGGGGGUGUGGGCUGUACAGUUAGUUGGAGUGUGAAAUUGUCCACAUGUAUUGAAUCCUAAUGGCACAAAACUCUCUUUCUACACAAAUGGCCCAAAAAAUAUUUGGUUUCAGCUGAUCCAAAACUUUAGCUUUUAAUCAAUGUAGAUCUUCCUAUAUUUGAACCACUGGGGCUGAUCUUUGAUUGCCUUGAUAUCACUGGUUACUUGCCUUGAGUUAGGCUGUUGGUUUCAGCCUGUCCUCAGUGCAGUCUUCUAUUACUGAAAGACCAGCACUUGCCCUGGUAUGUGGUAGCAGAUAGGUUAUCUCUGAGUGAACAGCAGGUUACUCUCACACCAUGGCUUUGGCAACUGGUAAAAUACCCACUUUUCCAUAGGUCACAAAACUGUCAGUGUGAUUGCAAGUUGGCGAAUGCUUGUGAAUGUGUUUGAUGUUCAUGAAGAUUUCAGUAACACUUGGAACAUUUGGGGAGUGGAAGUAAAAUAAAACUUAAACAUUUUAAAUCUAAAGACAUGCUCGUACACCAAAUCAAUCAAGUUUAUUAAAAUUGAAAUAAUUAAAAAUAUGCCUGCUUGCUGUUCUCUUGUGAAAAACUGUCAUUGUGAAAUGGGCACUGUCUUGUGAUGCCAAGAAUACAUAGUGCAGCCAAAAAGCUGAGCCUGAGUAGAGUUAGAAACUCAGAACUGCCCGGAGCCAGAUGCACUGGCUCUUUAAUCAGGGCAGAAUAUCGGCCAUGGUACAAUCAGGGAUGCUUGCUUAUUGCUAACUCCUGCUAACACUAAGCUUCUAAUGUGGUUGUAAACAUGGGAGCAGACAAGCUAUUCAGUCCAUCGAGUCCGCUCUGCCAUCACAUCAUGGCUGAUCCCUGAUCCCACUCAACCCUGUAUACCUGCCUCUUGCCAGCUGCAGGAACAUAGAAAUGAAAGAAGGAGUAGCCCCUUGUAUCUGCUUCCUAUUCAAGAUGGGAUUAUUAGCAGUACUCUCUUAUACUUUCCUCCACUUCUCUUAAAUCAAUAGUUUUCUUGAGCCUUCACAGCUUACCAGGGUACGGAGUACCAAAUAUUCACUCCUGAGUGCAGAAACCCAUCUUGAUCUGCAGUAGCUAACCUUAAAUUCCAGCCCUUAGGGUAGACCUACAUAUAUCUAUCAGACUCCAUAAAAUUUGUUGGUCACAAUGCAAUCAAUUCUCAUCUAUCUAAGCUUGUGUAGGUGUGUUUGUUCAACAUCAGAGUAGCAUUAUGUUCCCAGUAAUCAUGAUGAAUUGUCAUUCUCCCUUUAUCCUAAAUACCCCUGAUAAAGCAAACGUGAGGAAAUCUGAAAAUGCUGGAAAUUCAAGCAACGCACACAAUAUGCUGGUGGAACACAGCAGGCCAGUCAGCAUCUAUAAGGAGAAGCACUGUUGACGUUUCGGGCCGAGACCCUUCGUCAGGACUAACUGAAAGGAAUGAUAGUAAGAGAAGAGUUCUUUUAUAGAUGCUGCCUUACCUGCUAUGUUCCACCAGCAUUUUGUGUGUGUUACCCCUGAUAAAUAUAGUUUUAAAAGGGCUGCAUUUUAUGCUCAAUCUGGUAGUAAGAAAUUUUAAAUAUGCUUAAAGUCCCGCAAAGCAGUUUUUCAGUGGAUGGAGAUGUGCGUUUUUGGAUUUCAUGCAAUUCCAUAAUUUCUUAGGCCAAGGUGUUGUUUUUUAAAUUACAAAUCCUUGAAAAUUCAAUUGAAAAAUUCUGGAAAACAUUCUCCUAUCAAGAAACAAAUGAGCAUCCAGUGAUGGCUUAAAUUGGACAGAUUAAACUGCAUUAAUCAAUCUUGUAAAAUGGGUUGUAUCCUGCAGUAUUAGUAUCUACUGUAUGGAGAGGAACACACCUGGAUACCUAAUUGCAAGCAUUCAUUUGGCAUUAUGGUGCUGGCAGUAAAUGUCAAUCCUUAUACAGUGUUGAAUUUAAUUUCUCUAUGCCUUUUUAUUUACAGAAAUUUGUGGAAAGUCCUCUAACAUGCACGCACAUGCUUGGUUGUGAUGAAUGGUUGCUGAGUCAGAAAGGGGAAGGGGAGCUGGGGCCUUAAGCCAUACUUGUGAAUCCCAGAGAGAAGAAAUGACUGACCCAAAGGGCUCAAGUGACAGGAAGUUUCUGGCCUAGCUGUCCUGCAUUAGACCUCUUUUCCUAAAAGGCCACCAUAGAAAUGUACUACAAUGAAACCUGCAUCUGUUCAGCAGAGCCAAUGCUGCCACACUGGUGCUUCUCAAAUUCAGCAUGGCUGUAAUCUUCUGCUGCCUGCCCAAUAAGGCUGACAUUGAAGAUCACAGUUAUACUUCCCAUUUGCCUAUGUGUGGGAAGUUAUGCAGGUGUUCUGCACAGCACAAGCAAAAUUUACCAUCUUAUUGUGCAAUAGACCAUCUAGUAUAGGGGAAUCUAAGGUGAUGGCUGCAUUGUAAAUUCCACGCUAGAACUUGGUUUUAAACAAAGGCAUUAAUCCUUUCACAUUCAGCCUGAAUGUGACUACAGUCAGAAGAUUUUAAUGACCAACUUUCAGUAUGAUUUUUUAAUGUUGUCAUGCACUGGCCUGCUGUGCCUGGCCUUUUACAAGCAUCUUGUCAAACCAAAAGAUGUCUACAAUGAAGCCCUGUAACUCUGGGUUUGGCUUCCUAUCAUUGAUCAUGAGAAAUGUGAAGGAAAAGCUGUUGAGAAGAUAGACAAGGUUAAUAAGACUGCUUCAAUUUUUCUGGAGCAUCAGGUCUACUGUCUGGAUCAGUUAGUGAGUGCACAGUGCUGCUAAUGGGCUUUAUCUUCUGUCAUUUUGCAUUUUUUAGCCUAUUAGCUGACUGCUUUCCUGUUUCUCCUGGAUCAUGUAGAUCACUGGCGCUAGCUUCCUCCACAGUGAGGGAGAUAAGACUCUAUGCUUAGAGGGUUUACAGUUGUGAACUAGAAAAGUUUUAAUGAAAACCCAGUGAUGGCAUACUUACAGAUUUUAGUUCCCAUCAAUACUUUGAGAACUUGAGUUUCAGGUGGGAUUCGCACUUGUAUUCCUGGGCCAGUACUCCAGAACUCUAGUUGCUGCUCUGAUAAUCCACCCUUUACAUCAUCAUUCAUGUGAUCUGUUGUCAGCACUUUACUAGGAAAGCAAGAGAUAACAUUAGGAGCCCAUUUUCUCCUUGACUGUGGGAACAGACUACUUACUGUGGCAUUUUCAAAGAUUCAUUUAUUAUCAAAGUAUGUUUCCAUAUACAACUCCAAAGUUGUUUGUGGAUACUGGGGGAACAGAUCUUUUGCUGUCACAUUUUCAAUGAAGGUAUUAAUUUUCUAUUCUCCCUUCUUGAUUUGGCAUGCAGCAACACCAAGAGAAUGCUUGUGGUUAGGUUGAGAGCCACUAUACACCUUGCCAGACAAUGAUUCUGUGAAUAAUUGUACAUUCCCCAUUAACAUCCGGGGUAUUGCUAUUAGUGAUUUGAAACUGGAUAUUUAGCAGUGGAAAACGCAAUCCCAUCUCCAUAUUCUUGUCUAUGAGCCAAAAGCUAACAAUAAUGGAAUGCAGUUCAUUUGAAGCUUCUACUACACAGGAAGUUUGGCAUCUAAAUCAAACCAAACUGCUGAGCAGGACUUGGCCCCUACCUAAAAAAGGUAGGUUAAGAUGUUGGCAAAAGAAAGACAAGGUAAUAGGUGUAAAUUUAGUCUGCAGAUUCUGAUACUGAAGAAGUUACAAAGGACAAUCUGUGUGAAGGUUAGAUUGAGUACUUAGUCCUCAGUGAUUUCUGGCUUGCUAUGGUGACCAGUGAACCUAAUCUUGUCUACUAAUAUGAUGGUGUCAGGAGAAACCAUAGAAAGGAAAGUGCAAAGUGUGCAUAAGCGCAAUGUGUUGAGUAGCUAGCAGUACAUGUACAUGUGUGUGGGAAUGGUGGUAAUUAUGGAAGGUGUACUUAGAUGUCAAAUGCAAGAGUUAGUUGCCCACAGUUGGUGGGUGGAAGGAAGGGAUGGAUUGAAGAAGGCCAUAAGAUCGUGGCAGGCAGGAGAGCUGGGACUUGUGCUUGUUGACCAUGUGAGAAGAAUAAGUUUUUCAAUGUAUCCAGUUCAGUAUGUUUUUCUCCCAGUACUGUCCUCAGUAAUGACCUCCCACUGGGCUUCUAAGGUGGAACUGGAUGACUUCACUUUCUGUAAACCUAUCAGAAGAGGAUCUCCCUCUUCUAUUCCAGCAAUGAAACUCACUCUUCAUUCUGUUCUCCCAAACUUUUGAAGCCCAAAAGCAUUUCCUUUCCAACUAACUAGCUCAAACUGGCUCUAGUGACAUUCACCCUGUGGAGAUGUGCUACCAUGAAGUGUGUCCCACUAAGUAGUACAGGAUGGGCCUUUCUAAUUAUUAUAACAUUCAAACUAUUAUUUCUGUCUCAGUUUACCAAAUCUCCCUGCAUCUCAUUUGUAUGCAUCAACUAAGCAGAAUGGAUGGGUGGUGGUGGAGCAGAGGUGGUGAAAAAAGCUGCUAGUCGAAAUCCUGUACUUUUGCUACCCACUUGUGCCAGUGGAUUGGAUAUCAGUGCAGUUGUCCUAAGGAGAUGGACUUUGUCACAAUCCACAUCUAAUUGCAUUUCAGAAAUCCCAUUCUUUUUCCCACAUUGUCUGGAAUUGCUGUUAUUUAGUCACUGGUUUCUACAGACACCUGGGGGAAACAUUUGUCAAAAAAUCUAGAAAGAAACUGUCUCAUGCUGAGGGUGUCGAAUUCUGGAUGGCAUCUUUAAAUGCAGACACAUCAUUGGGUCAUACCUCAAGUAAAUGUUAUCAUCCAGUUAAUGCUCAUGGCACAAAGCUCUUGUGUAUAUUUAUCAGAGUUAUUGGAAAGGCUAAUCCAACUGAUCUUGUUUUUCUGUGAACUAAGUUCUUGGAAUGCCCUUUCCAAUUUAUGCAUGGAGAAUUGAGUUCUUGCAUUUUGGGACAUUUGAAUUAACUGUGCUUUUCAUAAAUGUAAACUGCAAGUUCAGAAGUGAAGUUACUGGCUCCAUAUUUCUGGAGAUGAGUGGAGUGAAGUUUUCCAUCCUAAAACUGGCAUAAAUCAGUAAGGCAAAAAAUUCCCUCAGGGACAGAUUUGCACCCUUACGAUUAAGAAUAAACCCAAGCUGCAGUUUUUUGCAAGUCACCUUCCCAUAGCCACUGAUAUUCCCUGCAGAUGGCAUGGUUGAGUAGUAGUUAGCACAAUGCUUUACAGUACCAGUGACCCGGGUUUAAUUCCUGUCACUGUCUGUAAUUUCUCCCUGUGACUCUGGUUUCCUCCCACAGUCCAAAGAUGUACUGGUUGGUAGGCUAAUUGGUCAUUGUAAAUUGUCCUGUGAUUAGGCUUGGGUUAAAUCAGCAGUUUUAACCCAAUUAGGUCAUGGCACAACUUGAAGGGCUGGAAGGGCCCCUCCACUGUAAGUGCUCCAAGGCCACUGUAUCCAAAUGGGUAAAACAGAAUUGACCCUUGCUCAGUGACAAGAAUGUACGAUUCACAGAUUUUUUUGAUGCAUUCCAUUCAAUUAGUAGAUCAGUGAGGAAGCUAUAACUGAUUUUGUGUUGUUUGAUCCUGACUCUGGAAGCUGCAGCUACCCACGAAGUGUAUUGAUGGAAUAAAUACCAACAAGACAAAAUAGCAGUAUUUGCUUUGGGCAUGCUGCAAGUGAAAAUCUGUCUCUUUAAAUGUAGAUUACUUGUUUCUUCUCUUGCAGUCAAUUUUCCUAACCCUGUAAACUGAAAAUAAACUGAAUGCAGCUGCAUCAUCUGAUCCUGUUUAACCAGAGUAAUGCAAGAGCUGUUUUCCAUCCAGUAGUCAGAUUGAGACCCUUUAGAAUUUUAAACUGCUACCUAAAAUGAAACCCUCCUCUUUACUAUGGUAAGCUGCAGGUAUUUGUAUUACAAAUUUUAAAAGGAAUUUCUUAUUUUUAAAAAAGGUAACAGGAUUCAUAAGGUAUCCAUAGAAGCAAAUAAUUCAAUGAAGAUAUUUGGCCUCCACAUGCUAAUUCCAAAAGACUACAGUUUGACAGAACACAUUUAGGUUCCAGGGAAACAAUUUUUGUACUUAAGAUACUUAGAAAGCAUUUAUUCUAGAUGUUUAGUAUGAGUGUCUGUUAAAGGGACUGUCUCACCAGUAUUAUGAUUUCUAAAAUCAUAGUUUAAUGAGAUUAAGAAUGGAAGCAGUAAUCUUAGUGUGAUUGUGUUUAUGAUUUCAGUAUUAACUGCAUAACCAGUGCAGUAAGUUGCUUUUCCCAAGCAACCAGAUUUUAUAGUUGCUAUCUUCUGAAUGAACUUGCAGCCAUUUGAACAUUCACUUAGAUAAGCCUGUUUUUUUUUAAAAGUAAAUUACAAUAUGCAGUUUCAUACUUUUAACAAGUAAAACUGUAUUGGCUUGAGCACAUGAAACAUUUAAAUUGUGCUGCUCCUGGAUAAUUUGGGGUAUGUUGUAUUCUUGGACUGGAUUUGGUUAUUCUUAUGAUAAUUAAAGGUCUGAGUUGUAAAUAAUGUAUUUUUUUAAUAAUCAACCAUUUUUAUUUCCCUAUUUACACACAGCCUUGUACAUCAGUACUUGGAGAAUAAAGUUUUG